AUUUCCUUUUUUCGGCUUCAUGCUGUAGCGGCGUGUAGCCUCUAAUUGACGUCCAAAAAUUCACUAAUAAUCGAUCUGGCGGUCGAUGUUUAUUGUUCAGGGAUUCAUGGCAGCACAUCUGAGUUUCUCUGGAUGACAGUACAGUUAUCGCUGUAUUUGUAUUAUAAUCGUGAACACAAGUUAGCGAUUGCUUAUCCAGCACUGUCUGUGCUGCAUUGGAAUUUCUCGCAUCGCAGUUUUUAGGAGUUUAUUGGUAAAUUCUAAUUAAGAUGCACCUUUACGGAGGAAAACACUUUGGUUGCCAUCCCGUAUACCAGUGGAACUCGGUUGACGUGUUGACAGACAACGGAUUCUUCCAGCACGGCGAAGUCAUCAACGUGGCGGAUAACGGUCUGAUCGUGGAUUUCCACUGCAGCGAGCAGCGCGCGGAGUUUGUCAGCUACGACAAAAUCUUCGACGCCUCCCAGGCCCCGUACUCCCGGCCGUAUCGCCACUGGCAGGAAGAACUGCGGAAGAACCCCGCGGUGACGGAACACGCCAGUGUGCAGGUGCUGUGUCGCGCGCAUCCCGAUGCUCCAUGGAUAUGGUACCCGGGUCUACUGCUCAGUAAGGCCCUGUUCUUCCACUACGACGGGAUCGCUUUACUGGUCGUCUUGGUAGAGGUGGAAGGCUGGAGUGAUGCGGAAUUGUUCCCCGCCGAUCAGGUGCGUUUUCCCCCGUCCCCGAAGGACCUGGAUAAACGGGCGCUGACACGCGCCAUGAAAGAUGGGGCGGGGGCCAGCAAUGCCUUCGUGGUGCGACAGUGUCGUUUGCCGAAGGAUUAUGCGGCCACCGUCACGCCCGCGAUCGCCAAGCGCUUUCGUCGUCGCAUUGAGCUGGUACAGCCGCCCACGCACCGACUGCAUGUCGUGUCGAUUCUCAAGAAGAAGGGGGUGUUCACGUUUCUCCAGCGUUUCUUAGGGUUGCCCCCAUUGGAAGAGAAUGUGGAAACCGAGUACGAGGCCAUCGUCGCACAGGAAACCAGCCAGGUGGAUGGACCAGGCACGUCCAGCGGGACGAAGAAACGCAAAAACCGUGACGACGAUGCCCAGUCGGAAGGGGAAUGCGUACUGCCCACCCAGCCGUAUCUUCUGCGCGAGAUCUUCGACUCUCUGGACAGCGUCAGCCGGCUGAAACUGCGUCGCGUCUGUUCGCUGUGGAAUGCCGUCCUGACCGACCCGAACUGCGCGAAAACCGUCCGAAUUUCCUUCGACAUGAACCCGUUCUUCCCGCAGGAGGACGAGCAACUGACGCGGCUGUACGGCGCGGUCGGGGGUCUGCUCAAGUGCAUCAAUCCCGCAACGGAACGGCUGAUUCUGGAGCAUGUCUUCGCUGAGCACUUGGAGAACACUUUGCCGAUCAUUGGCUGGAUGCUGCGACACGCCCACAUUAAGCAGCUCAUCUUGCAUAAGGGGGACGUCAAUUGGGAUGAUGUUAGUAUAUUGGAGGGGGCCGGGGGUGACGAGAUUGUGGGGGACAUAUUGGGUGUGGGCCGGACGAUAAUACGCCGGCUGGCGGCGGCGUUCCGCGGCUUGGCGCCGUUGUGCGAUGAAUUACUGCUGCUGCGGUAUGAAUUCAACUGCAGCCAGCGGAUGGAGACGGCUAUUCCGCUGGCCAGAAUGCAGCUGAAUGCCGCGGAUAUUGAAGCGCAAUUCUGGGAGCUCUACGAGGCACAUCUGUCGCGCGACGGAGUGAACCUGGAGGAAACGGUGGAAUGGAUUCGAACAGGACCGAAAGCGCUUCGAAGGGUGGUUGCAGAGGAAUUGGAAAACUGGCAGAGUUAUGAUCCGCGUCCAACGACGACGCAUUAUCGUGACCGCGAGUGGACGGUGGAAGAUCUGAAGGAUCUGGAUCUGUCCAAGUUGACCACCAUCACGUUGUGUGCCUUGAAGGCUAUUGAUUCCGAAGAUUGGGACUAUCCGUCUGCGGAGGAAGAGAACGGCGUAGCUGAGGAAGAGGGGGAAUAAUUCUUGCUCACAAUACUGUUCAUUCAGCUCACUACCUGCAUGUUAACGAUACUGUUACUGUAAUUCAGCUCACUACCUGCAGUAUUAUGCCAGUUUUCGUGUCCGAAACGGGACAUUUAUGCAGCACAUUGCCGUUUAAUAAUAUAUUAGUAAUACGCACAUUAAUGUUUUUUGU